AUGUCUCGACGCCAGUUGACCAGCUUUCAGUGGAAUGGAACUGAAUGGUCCUCAUUCGACGGUUCAUCUAAUCUUCAUAAUGAAGAAAACGAAAUCACUCGUAUAGCGACAUUUAACGUUCUCGCUGAUUGUUUUCCAUGGUUUAUUGAGAUGGCUAUACAAAGUAAUCAUAGAUUUGAGUGGCUAUGCAAUGAAAUUAUCAAACUCAACCCUACGAUUCUUGGAUUGAAUGAGGUCACUCCUAGUGUUUUGGAACGACUACAAAAAUGUUCAUUCAUUCGAGAAAAUUACUUUCUCACCGAAUCCGUAGACGAAAAUAUCGACAGAAAGUGUGUUAAUGGUUUAUUAGUACCACAUGGCUGUCUUAUUUUGAGUAAACUGCCAGUACUGGAAGUGUUUGGAAUAUCUUUCACAGAUAGUCGACGUGAAGCAAUUGUUGUCAAAGUACAAUUGGAUAAAACUCCUGUUCAUUUUUGCUCUCAACAUACGACUGCAUAUCAACGACCGAAGAAUGCCAAACUACGAGCUGGACAAAUACGGGAUAUUGUUGAUGUUCUACAACCAUUCGGUCUUCCAUUUGUGAUUAUGGGUGAUCUGAAUCUUCAUUAUAAUUAUGAAGAUUCAAUAGCUAUUGAACACGAAUUUAUCGAUGCUUGGGCACAAACACAUUUUGCUCGUACUCAUCCGUUCAACGAUGGUCAACCUGGAUACACAUUCGAUGCGAGAAAAAACACUCUUAUUCCUUACUAUAUUCCUGGUGAAUGUCGACAGAUGCGACUCGAUCGAAUCCUCUUUUCUAAAGGAUUUCCUGCUUUUGCUAUCGCUCCGUGUAUGCUAUGGGCCAAUGAACCUAUCAAAGCUGAACAUUAUCUUUUCACAAGUGACCAUUUCGGACUAUGCAUUGACGUCGUGCCUACGGCGGAUGAGAAUCAGACAGAAGUGAUUUCGUUGGGCGAAUGUGAUCCAUCUGCUGAUGAACACCUUCGUCGGAAUAUCGAAAACGAUACUGAUCGAGGCGAUUUUCAGAUUGGUUUCGCACGGAGAUCAAUGGCGCUCACAUCACAUCUUCUUUGGCUCGGCGCCAAAUCUGUUGGUCUCCGAUAA